GUCCCAACCUAUCGCCUCCCAGAUUCCCCUCCACUCCCACGGCGGCCGAGAUCCAAGCUGCCACCACCACCACGAGGCCGCCGCAGAGCCCUUCCACCUUUCAGCUCUCAUCGCUAGCCUCGACCACGCGAGCUCUCAUUCCCCCUCCCCCGCUCGUCCCCAGCGGCUGUCACGAUUUGCAUCCACGCGGCUAUUGCCCAAGGCCAGACAGCCCGACGACCGGACCAGCACAUUGAGCCAGCACCCACAGGAAAAAAAAAACAGAGACCCAGUCGCCUGCAGCAGCCGAGCCGAAACAACACCAGCCAGCGACAGACCGACAAAAUCCAAAGCCUAAGAAUCGCAGAAGCCCAGCUUGCUCGCCCAGACACCAACAAUCCUCGCUCCUGCGCAACCCAUCGCCUCCCGCACCCUCACCCCCUCUCCCUCAUACCUAGACCCAGCCUCGUUGCCCGCCAUGGAGCAACCGGGCGCCAGUGCGCCCAACUCGACCGAGGAGCGCCGGAAUCUCCAGGUCGACAAUGCCAUCCGCGCCAUCCAGCAGAAGAAGCCUCUUCCCGAGAUUGAUUUCUCAAUCCACACCAUGGAGGAUGGCACCCAAGUGAGCACCAUGGAGCGCGUCUGCAAAGACGUCCAGGCCCCGGCCAUGUUCAAGCCGACCGACGAGCAGUUCUUCGAGGACGAGACCCACGAGAAGCCCGAUAUCAACUUCCUCAAGACGCAUUUCUAUCGCGAGGGUCGCCUGACCGAGGAGCAGGCGCUCUGGAUUCUUAAGAAGGGCACCGAGGUGCUGCGCGCCGAGCCCAACCUGCUUGAGAUGGACGCCCCAAUCACGGUGUGCGGUGACGUCCACGGCCAGUACUACGAUCUGAUGAAGCUCUUCGAGGUCGGCGGUGAUCCCAAGGAGACGAGAUAUCUCUUUCUGGGCGACUACGUCGACCGCGGCUACUUCAGCAUCGAGUGCGUCCUGUACCUGUGGUCGCUCAAGAUCCACUACCCCAACUCCCUCUGGCUGCUGCGCGGCAACCACGAGUGCCGCCACUUGACAGACUACUUCACCUUCAAGCUCGAGUGCAAGCACAAGUACUCCGAGAACGUCUACGACGCCUGCAUGGAGUCCUUCUGCAGCCUGCCCCUGGCUGCUGUCAUGAACAAGCAGUUCCUCUGCAUCCACGGUGGCCUGAGCCCAGAGCUGCACACGCUGGACGACCUAAGGAGCAUUGACCGGUUCAAGGAGCCCCCCACGCAGGGCCUCAUGUGUGACAUUCUCUGGGCAGACCCGCUCGAGGAGUUUGGCCAGGAGAAGACCAACGACUUCUUCCUGCACAACCAUGUCAGGGGCUGCUCCUACUUCUUCUCGUACCACGCCGCCUGUUCGUUCCUGGAGAAGAACAACCUGCUCUCCAUCAUCCGCGCGCACGAGGCCCAGGACGCGGGCUACCGCAUGUACCGCAAGACGCGCACGACUGGUUUCCCCAGCGUCAUGACCAUCUUCUCUGCGCCCAACUACCUGGACGUGUACAACAACAAGGCGGCUGUGCUCAAGUACGAGAACAACGUCAUGAACAUCCGCCAGUUCAACUGCACGCCGCACCCCUACUGGCUGCCCAACUUCAUGGACGUCUUCACGUGGUCGCUGCCCUUCGUUGGUGAGAAGAUCACCGACAUGCUCAUCGCCAUCCUUAGCACAUGUUCCGAGGAGGAGCUGCGCGAGGGCGAGUCGUCGACGACGUCGCCCGGCCCGCAGUCGCCUCCGGCCAUCACGGCCGGCGGUGAGGACGGACCUGCGGCGGCUCCCGCCGACGGGCCAGAUACCGAGGCCCUCGAGUUCAGGCGACGCGCGCUCAAGAACAAGAUCCUGGCUAUCGGCCGCCUCUCACGUGUAUUCCAGGUGCUGCGCGAGGAGUCGGAGAAGGUCACGGAGCUCAAGACGGUGUCGGGCGGUCGGUUGCCGGCAGGCACUCUCAUGCUGGGUGCCGAGGGUAUUAAGAACGCCAUCAGCAACUUCGAGGAUGCCCGCAAGGUGGACAUCCAAAACGAGAGGCUUCCUCCUAGUCACGAAGAGGUUGUGCGACAGAACGAGGAGGAGCGUUCGCAGGCCCUGGAGCGGGCGACGCGAGAGGCAGACAAUGACAAGAAGCUGCAGACGUUGUCGCGCAGGCUCAGCACAGACCGCAAACGAUGAUUUUCAGCAAUCCGAGGACAAUGCCAUCUUUCAUGUAUUGUAUAUCAAACACCCCCUGGCACAUGGAAGGAUAAUGCGCGCGUGCAAAGCAACCCAGAGCGUAUAGACGGAAACGACAACGACCUAAACGGGCCCGGGUGUGGGUGGCGGCCACGACCCGGGGCGACGUGCUUUUUUUAUAUGUUUAUGACUUUCUACAUACGCUACUACCACUACUUCAACGAUCACUUGAUAGGAAAGGAUGCGAGAUGAAGAUGAAGUAUGGCAGGCAGAGCAAUGUGACGCUUUUGAAAAGUUGGGUGGAUGGUGAGUCCUGAGGCUGAUGUCCUGGCUCAUUGAUAAUCUGUCCGUGUGGCAUGGGCGGCGGGAUGUGGUUGAUGGAUAUGAAGCUGCAAGAUACGUCUUUCUUUCCUUUGUCCUUCACCUUGGUUUGUGAAUGAUGGGUCGGCUUCCGAUGAUGCAAAAAAGAACGAGGACAGUGAGCAAGAUAUUUUGCUAGAUGUACCUACCUAGGCUCUUGGGAUAGGCGGUGGUACCACAUGUUAUACAUCUCUUUCGCCUGAGGGGUCCCGUGGCGCCGACUGGCAGCCUGUCCUUCCCUAUGACUCCCAACAAAUGCAGCAUAUACGGGUAAAAACCGCGCAGGCGUGCUCAGAAGAUGGCCAGGAUGUUUGGAGGACUAUGUAUGGUUUUUGGUAUGUGUGCUUUGGUU